AUGGAAAAAAUUAGAAAUUUGUAUCCCAAUGGAAAUGCAAUUAACUAUAAUACAUACUUGAAGGACUUGCACAUAAAUGAUACAAGAAAACUACAUAAUGAAAAUUUUAAACUGCACUCAAAAUUAAAUUACAAUGAAGAUAAUUUAAUAAGAAAUAAUAGUUAUAUUUUUAAAGGAAAUGUAUAUAGUCAACCAUUUAUUUAUAAAAAAUUGAUUGUAUUUGAUUAUGAUGAUACUAUAUUACCAACUAGUUGGAUAACUAUAAAAAUGAAAUUAACCUUAUAUGACAUUAUUCCUGUUCAUCUAAAACAGUUGUUUAAUAAAUUAAGUAAUGUUGUAAUUAAUACAUUAAGCUUAUGCUUAACACAAGGAAAACUAGUUAUUGUAACAAAUGCAAGUCUAGAAUGGUUAAUUAACUCCGCUAAAAAAUUUAUUCCUGAAGUUUGGUCAUUUAUUACUCAGAACAAUAUAAGAAUAAUAUCGGCAAGAGAUAGAUUAAUUAAUUCACUAAUAGACCCAAAGGAUUGGAAAAAAAUUAUAUUUCAUCAAAUAAUUAAUGAAGUUUUAUCACCAUAUUUAUACAAUACGUCAUUCAUAUGUUUCAUAUAUUCAGUUGGUGAUGGAAAUGAUGAAAGAAAUGCUUGCUUUUUUAUUUCUCAACUAAAUCAAUAUUCAUCAUGUAUUUUUAAAUCUCUGAAAUUUUUAUCUGAACCAACAUGUCAAAAACUUAUAGCUGAACAUGAAUUAUUUUAUUAUUUUUUCAAUAGUACUAAUAAUAAUGCUUCAUGUAGUAAUAAUAUUGUUAAUAAUAAUAUUCUAAGUAAAAAUUGUAAUUCUGUUAAAAAUACAUAA